UCAGAGUGAAAGAGGAGGAGGAUGUUACAGUGGAGGAAGAGAAAGAGGAGGAUGCAGUUUUUGGACUGAAAGAGGAGGAGGGGGAGAUGACUGUCACAUCCAAAAAGGAGGAGGAAACUGGAUAUCUGGUCCCGGUUAUCCAAACUCAUCUUAAGGCAACCAAUGGUUCUAACGAUGAACUGAGCCGUAAGAUGGUUUUGAGAAACGGGGCUCUGAUUAACACUAGAGAGAGACGGGACUACCGUGGGUCCUCUGGGGAGCCUCAACAACCUCAUGAUGCUGACAAGGCAGAGAAGACUCUCUCCAGAUCAGAACAUGUCAAGAAACCCCAGCAGAGAUCCACAGGGAAGAGAACUCACUGCUGCUCUGACUGUGGGAAGAGAUUCACCACCUCAUCAGGCAUUAAAAUUCAUCAGAGAAUCCACACAGGAGAGAAACCUCACGGCUGUGAUCAAUGUGGGAGGAGUUUUGUUCAAUAUGGCCAUCUGAAGAUACACCAGAGAACACACACAGGAGAGAAACCUUAUAGCUGUACUCAAUGUGGGAAGAGUUUUAGUCAUUCAACCAGCCUGAUAUCACACCAGAGAACACACACAGGAGAGAAACCGUAUAGCUGUGAUGAAUGUGGGGAGAUUUUUACUCAGCUAAGCAGCCUGAUAUCACACCAGAGAACACACACGGGAGUGAAACCGUACAGCUGUGAUGAAUGUGGGAAGAGUUUUACUCAGCUAAGCAGCCUGAUAUCACACCAGAGAACACACACAGGCGAGAAACCUUAUAGCUGUUCUGAAUGUGGGAAGAGUUUUACUCAGCUAAGCAGCCUGAUAUCACACCAGAGAACACACACAGGAGAGAAACCUUAUAGCUGUGAUGAAUGUGGGAAGAUGUUUACUAGGUCUAGCAAUCUGACUCUACACCAGAGAAUACAUACAGGAGAGAAACCUUUCAGCUGUACUCAAUGUGGGAAGAGUUUUACUAAGCUAAGCAACCUCAUAUCACACCAGAGAACACACACAGGAGAGAAACCCUAUAGCUGUGAUCAAUGUGGGAAGAGUUUUGUUCAAUCUAGCUAUCUGAAGAUACACCAGAGAACACACACAGGAGAGAAACCUUUUAGCUGUACUCAAUGUGGGAAGAGUUUUAUUUCAUCUAGCCUUCUGACAGUACACCAGAGAACACACACAGGAGAGAAAUCUUAUAGCUGUAAUCAAUGUGUGAAGAGUUUUGCGACAUCUGGGCAGCUGACAAUACACCAGAGAACACACACACAAUAGAAAUAUUUUAGCUCUAAUUGAUGUGGGAAGAGUUGUACUCGGUUAAACAGCCUGAUAUGACACCAGAGAACACACAGGAGAGAAAUAUCUUAGCUGUAAUCAAUGUGGGAAGAGAUACUCUGAUAAAUGUUAUCUGAUCAAACAUCAGAAAAUACAUGGAGUUGUUUCAUGAUAUCAAUGAAAUCAUGUCACAAUGUAGAAUGUUUUAACAUUGUAGCAGGAGUAUUUUAAUGAUGUCACAAUGUAGAAGCCUAAAUGUUUGCCCCUUUAUCAAUUGAUUUCAACAUGAUAUAGAUAUUAGCCUCAGGGGAAAAAUCCAGGCUCAGAAUUGAAAGUUGAGUUGUGUUACACUUACCACGUUGAUGACCGACUUGAAUCAAAAUGCAACACUCCAAAAUGUAGCUAGCUGUUUUCUUAAAAUUGUCCUCUAUCCAGUGAUGUACACAUUUCUCCCAGAUUCCGUGUGGUUUUUGAGCUGUUAGUUUUAACCGGACUUGCAACCUCAUCUCCCUCCUUUCGCAGUUGAUUUCAACAGAUGAGUUAUGACACAUAAGUGUUGCAUUCCAUUGUUUAGCGACCCCUAAAUUUAAAUGCAUCACUCCAAAAUGUAGCUGACUGUCUUCUGCAGGUUGUCCUCUAACCAGCGAGGUAAAAGAUAUCUCAAAUUUCCAUGUGUUUUUUAGUUGUGUUAGUUUCAACAGCCCGUACAACCUAGUCGAUAUUAGUGAUGUAUUGCUACUUGUCAAAACAACAACGUUUCUGGUGCUUGUGCAGUUUAUAUGGUGCUUGUUUAAACAAAUACAAGUAAUAUGAUUAUUGUGGCAGAUGUUUGUGGAUAUUGCACAUUUUAUGUUUAGGUUUUCAAUUCAUCCCAAACUGUUUCUGCAUAUUAGUUAUUGAUUUGGACAGGUUAAAACUGUGGUUUGACAUCGGGAUAUCCUACCUAGCAAAAUGUCAUUGAAAAGAUGUUGAAAAUAAGACUAUGCCCGUUUUUUCAGUGACUUGAAAAUAACUUAAUUUCAACUUACUUGCAGGUAGCCUAGUGGUUAGAGCGUUGGGCCGUCAUUGUCAGCCAGAAUUAGUUCUUAACUGAUUUAUUUACAUUGACGGCCUACCAGGGUAUAAUAAAUUGGUCUAUAAUCAAUUUUAUUAACAAUCUUACAUCACUCCAGUAUUUCUUGGCAACGCUCAAGUGUCAAUUGUCUUUAUUCCACUACUGAUGAAGCAUGACUCAAAUCACCUCAUAUUUCAAACAUCCAGCCUGACAAAAGAUACAUGUUUUAUUAUUCCAUGCCUCACCAUCAAGUUAAUUAUUGCCAAUUGUGCUGCCAUCCUGUUAGAAGGUAACAGAGCAGCUACAAACAACGCUACGGUGCAGGUCUUUCAAUGUAGUUAUUUCUUGUCACGCUUCAGCCUUGGAAAAUAUUUGUUUGUAAGUUCGAUUCAAGCAUUUAGCUAAUGAUGAUAAUCUUGUCAUUGAUAGAGUUGCUUACAUAUUAAUGUUGGUUGGUUGCAUUUACUCACAAAUAGCAAUGCCUUUCAUGUAUGUCGUUAGCUGUAUUACUUUGCUCGUGGGUCAUGCAAGCGAAUUGUAAAAUAUACAAUACUGUAGUUUUGUUACUGUUUCUAGUGUAAAUGCUUUGUUAUUCUACAUAAAUGGUUGUACAUUAUUAGAGUAAUGAAAGGAGCCAAUUACCAUAUGAGUAACAAUUAGCUAUAUGGUUUGGCAUCAUGCCAGAUGCAUGGUACCGCGUGCUUUGUAUUUAUGCAACUUCAAAUGUAUAAUGUACAGCUACAUUAUGUCGGUGUGAAUUGAAUACUAAAGUAUAUUAUUUUCUGUAUUUUGCAGUUUCACAACAUAAACGUUUUCAAUAUAUUCAUUAAAGAAAAGUCA